GGAGCCCAGAGGGGAGGAGAGAGGCGGACUCCCAGCUCAGCUGCAGCACUACUAGAAUGAGCUCUCAUUGUAGCGGGGACUCACACAGGAGGGAGCUGGCAGCCACAAUGAUCUUAGGGGAAGAGUGACUUCAGCCAGCUAGUGAUGGAGAGCCUACUGAGUGCCAGUGCACAGGGUGGGAGGGAGUGAGGGGCAGCUAAAUCUCCAGCAAGGACUGAGCUGCAGUUAUAUGGACACAGCUUGAUGGAAGAAAUGUCCCCCCAACAGGACAAUGUGGGACAAACCAGAUCAUCUUCUUUAACAGGAGAUCUUAAAAUAACCGGGGUCACAGAGAACAAAAAGAAAAUGAAAAGCUUGGCCCAGAGACGCCAGUCUGCGCCAUCUCUUGUACUCAGCAAAGCACUUAACAAAUCCAGAACAAUAACCAAGGAAACUUGCUUUUCACCCAUCAGUCCAGAAACAUGUCCUCUUGUUCAAACUUUCAUCUGCCCCAGUCGAGCAUUUAUAAUGCACAGCCCCGUGCAACUGAAGACAGGCCUGCAAACUCAAGACCGGCAUCUAUUCCUCUUCACAGACAUUAUGAUCGUGGCAAAGUCAAAAUCACCGUCUCACUAUAAGUUAAAACAUCAUGUUCGAGUGAGUGAAAUGUGGACAGCCUCGUGCAUGGAAGAGGUGUGUGAAGGAAGCACCAACCCUGAGCGAUCAUUUGUUUUCGGCUGGCCUAUCACAAAUUGCGUUGCAACCUUUGGUACUCCAGAAGAGAAGGAAAAAUGGCUUUCUCUAAUUCAAAGACGCAUCAAGGAAGAGAAAGAGAGUGACCAUCCGAAAACAAUCCCUGUGAAGAUCAUCACAAAAGACAUUGGAAACUGUGCCUAUUCAAAAAUCUUAACAGUAACCACAGAUGAUACAGUGACUGAUGUUGUCAAAAUGGCUCUACAACAGUUUGGAGUGGAGGGCUGUCAUACAGAUUAUCAGUUGUGGGUCACCUCUGGUAAAGAUGAUUCACCUUAUCCUCUUAUUGGGCACGAGUACCCAUACGCCAUCAAAAUGAGCCACAUACGUGACGCUUUGCCACACAUACAGGCCUCUAAGGACACUGUCUGUCCACUAAAUCUUGAGUUGCCCUUUCUUAUGGAGCAGCUGCCCAGAGAGAUGCAGUGUCAGUUCAUAUUGAAGCCCAGUCGCCUGGCACUGGGCCAUCAACUAGCUGAUCCAAACCAGAAACCAUUUAAAAGGAAGCGAUCCAUCAUAAAUUGGACUUUUUGGCGUGGUUCAAAUACUCAAUUGGAUAAUUUACCUCUGUCUCCGACCUCCCCAGCUCCAGGCAAACUGUUUGGCCUUUCAUUACCAGUCAUUUGUGAGAAUGACAAUCUUCCCAAACCAGUCAUGGACAUGCUAUCUGUUCUCUGCCAAGACGGCCCGUGCACAAGGGGUAUCUUCAGACGGUCAGCAAAUGCCAAAUCCUGCAAGGAAAUAAAGGAGAGACUUAACUCAGGAUAUGAUGUCAACUUUGCCUGUGAAUCGAUAUUUGUCAUAGCUUCAGUAUUUAAGGAUUUUCUCCGUAACAUCCCAGGCAGUAUCUUUUCAUCCAGACUUUAUGACAAGUGGGUUUCUGUUAUGGAUCAAGGAGCCGAACAAGAAAAAAUAAAAGCCAUUAAAAGAUUGCUUGAGAAGCUUCCAAGGGUGAAUGUGAUGCUUCUUCGCUACUUGUUUGGAGUCCUACACUGCAUCGAACAGCACUCCGAUACCAACCAAAUGACCGCGUUCAAUCUUGCAGUGUGUAUUGCCCCCAGUCUGCUGUGGCUACCGAGUCCUACAAGUGCAGAGGUGGAGAGCGAGUUCACACGAAAGGUAUCAACGCUGGUCCAAUUCCUCAUAGAAAACUGUUGCCCCAUUUUUGGAGAUGACCUUUCAGUAUUAUAUGCCAACCUGUCAGAUAAAGAUGAUAAAAGAGAAGACAGCUCAGAUCUUUGCUCUUUUAAACAUAUUGAUUCCUCAUACGAUAGUCUUGAGAAUGAACUGAAUGAUGCUGAUUCUCCAUUUGGGGGUCUAAUCAAGAAGCUAAGCCAUGACAACAGAAGUAGAGAUUCUGUUUUGACUUUGAGCGACUGUGACCUUGACCAUCCAGAUAUUGAGGAGAAUCAAGGAGAACACAGGCAGGGGUCACAUCCUAUACAGAUAUCUAAAGCCUUUCAUCACAAAUCUGUACCACGUGAGCAAUCUGAAAAUGAAUCCCAUUGUUCUAAUUCUUCUGGUUUUUCAUCAGCAAUGUUGUCAGAUGUGAGACGCUACCGCCGAUCAUCUGAGCCAGCCAUAGGAAUUCUCGUGUCUCGGUUCAGUCAACUUAAUCAGUCUCCAAAGGACAAUGCAGCCCAUAACACAAGUUGUGAUGCUCUUCUCUCCCAGUCAGCAGAUGACUACCUGAAACAGCAUCGCUAUCUACAAGUAGAAGGUCAAAAACUUAUUGAUCGUAGCUUAACUCUGGGUAUUGAUGUUACUAAGAGUAUCAGCAAGACACAGACAGUUGACAAAAAGAGCUCCCCUGAUAGACUUUUACCACCAACAGGACUAAGACUAAACAUUUGCUCUCGAACCAGUUGUUCCAGUUUGUCCUCUCCUGGAACAUCUCCGUCCGGAUCUUCAUUGAGUUCUCUAGACAGUGCAUUUUCACAGUUUUCGGAUUAUUCAAUAUUGACACCAAAUGAUACUACUUCCCCUUCAGAGUGCACGGUAAGGUCAUAUAAAACGCAGAUAGAACUCAGUCCAGACUAUAUGAGUGACAAUUCCUUUUCAGGAUUCAUGUCAAAUGAGAUUUCAAAACAGUCUUGUUACAACACUAUUUCUGAAAAAGAUAAGUUUGAACGGCCGUGUUACAAAACUCCUGUAAGCAUUCAGCCUGGUUCUUGGUUAAGAAAGGGCACAUAUACAGGAAAAAACUUUGCGUCAAGAAAAGCAGAAAAAUCUGUAUCACACCUUGAUAGAAAUAAAAGAAAAACUACAGAAGAAAACCAGUCAAAUAUGUCUAACAUUUCUAAAAUAUCCAUAAUUCACAAUCCAAUAACUGUGCCAAAAGGUGACUGUGAAGCAAAUCACCAUAUUAUAGUGCAAAGUCAUUAUGAUAAUACAAAAGACACACAGUUAAGCUCCUCUCCUCCAUUUAAUGACGAAACCAGUGACAGGAAACUUUCAACAAGACAUCUCACGGUGGACAGAACUGUUGACAAAAAUGGUAAUGGUGAGAAUGAAGUGGAAUGCAGCUCCUUCCUCUUAUCAUCUCCUGUAUCUAUAAACAUUGAGGUAUCUUCACCCAACCAAGAGAAAACACCUCUCCCGCAAACAUUUGUUUUCAGUCAAAAUAUUGCGUUGCUCGGUCAGACAGACAGGAGAAAAUCUACAAACUCUUGCAGUGUAGAGGAAUCCCCGUCACUGUAUUCUAGCCCAAAAUGUUCAAAUGAACAGAACUUUGAUGUCGAGAGCCAUUGCAGGAGGAAAGACAAUGCAACGAAAACUACCAUUGGCAGAGAAAUCAGCAUACGCGUUGCUAGCUUUAAGAAAAAUAAGGUUUUACCGUGUAAUAUUGACACUGAAAUUACUGUUCCAAAUUGUGAGUUGGAGAAAAACUUUUGCAUAUCUCCAAAGCUUACAAACACUCAAGAAUGCGAUGCGGUGAUUCAGAACAGCAGAGACUGCUAUGCAAAACGUUGCAGUGACCCUAAAUUUGAAGACGCAGACCAAAGGUUUUUCGCAGAAGAGUCAUAUGUUUGAGAAUGUAAUCUUCUGUACAGUGCAUUGUUUUGUGCAAAAUGCCUACUUUGUAUAGUAUCCAUGUAAUAACAUCUUAUUAUCCAUUAACGCUUUGAGUGCCAUAGCACUAUGGAAGGCAGAGCACCAGAGACUUUUUGCUGGUAACAUGGUAUAUUUAAAACUAUUAGCCCCAUGCGCAUAUUGAUCAGCAUGAGGUGUGUUUUUAUUUUACCCUUUGAGUGUACUGGAGUGAAAGGGUUGUGAAGCACUGCACAGUUGGCACUCAAAGUCUUAAAGGAUUGUUGUUUGGACAUGUUUAAGAGACAAGGGAUGGUUUUAAUGCUAGACAGCUUUUGUAUUGCAAGUUGCAUGUUUUCUAGGGCAAACUAGUGAGCGAAUUUUACCAACAUGUUGUGGACACAAGAAAAUUAUAUUUACUUUAGCAGCUGGGGAUUUUUUUCCGCUUUUAUUCAAAUAAAUCAGAAAUGUCGUAGAUGGGCUGGUGAAAUUGAAUGUAACCUAAUACAAUUUACACAAUAUUGAUAGAAUCCUUUUUUGCCAGUUCUAUUUGUGUUUCAACUGUAUCCCAGGUUUUCUUUGGGUGCAUAAAAUAUUCACCAGCAGGCAAAUUUUUGGGGGGGCAUCCGUUCAAGAAUCCCAGUGGGAAGCAAAAAAAUCUAUUUUUUUUUUUUAAUUCUUUGCCUGUUUUGCUAUUAUGCUGAAAAUUUAACCUCUGUCCACGAAAUACCUUAUCUUUGGGAGCUAUAUUUGUGGCAUAUAAUGUUUCUAUGUAAGUAAAAGUUUCUCCUAUAGGUAAAAGUAUAUUUAAUUUGCAUCGAUCCUUAUUCUCUUCUUACCAUAGAAAGAACUUUGACUACGGGAAAAAUUUGAACGAUAAAUUAGUCAGUCCUCAUUCUCAAGCAAAUCUUUGCGUGCCAAAUGGUCCCUCAUCCAUCUGGAGCUCAGACAGUUAAAAUUUUCUACUGUCCUUUGUGAUAACGUGUUCACUUUUUUACUCCCUCCUAAGCCAUGUCAAGUGUGUUAUGUCUUGUAAUACAUUUUACGUCUCACAACUAGUGGUAUGAAUAUGUGUACCGAGCAUCUUGGUAUAUGUAGUUCACAAACAACUGCAGCGCUGAGGUUAUCUAGCCAUUGCUAGGAUCCACAAUACAUACCAGUACUUUUGACUGUGUUUUCUAAAUGUAAGAUAUUCUCUCUCUCUCUCUCUCUUUUUUUUUUUUAUAUCUUACUCCAUAACUUAUAGUGAAUGUCUGGCUAAUAUAUUUAAAGUAAGUCAAAAUCUCAAAUGCUUCAUAUGUUUUUAUAAUGUCCUGAUGGAACUGCUGUUAAUAUAUUAUGCUAUAAUUAAAAGAUGUGUAUUUUUGUACUUGCAGAAUAUGCUGCUAACUUUAUAUGUUCUGUUUGUUGUUAUGGCACUGAUAAUAAUGUGUGUGCGUGUAUAUAAAUGUGUUUGUGUGU